ACACACACGAGGGGAAAAUGGUCCAGGACUCCUCUUACUGCCCAUAAAUUAAGGACAAUAUAUUGUGCGCAAGGAAACUUCCUUAGUCUUGGGAGGAAUACAUGCAACAUCAGGAGCAGAGUGUUCAAUCACCCCGCAAACUUUUUUUCCUAUGUAAAGUGCCCCAAAUUCUCCGAUGGGAUCCCCGUGGAAAAACGCGCAACUGUGAGACUCAACCAUGGAACUUUUUAACGUCUUUUUAAAGUCAUCUAUCUACAUCUGGUGCUUAUGUCUACUACCGCUGAAGUUGCUUGGGCAACUGGCUCCAGAGUGCUAUCCGGGCGGAUACAGGACCUUGAGGAACGCAUAUCGUAGUGUUGAUUUCGACUCUACUGAACUUCAGAACACAGCGAUACAGGAUCUGAUCUGUGACCAUUUGCUGCCUCCCGGAUGGUACCGGUUUUCCAUAAACAACAAACCUGCGGAGAUGCCGACCCACUGUGUUGAGAUGAACCGCUGUGGGACGCAGGCUCCGGUGUGGUUAUCUCUUAAGGACAGCUCUCUGCCGAGGCCCGGAGAGGUCAAGCAGCUCUCAGCCUGUGCCACAUGGCAGUUCUACCAUGGAAGCACCAAAGAUUGCUGCCUUUUCCGUAUCCCAAUCUCGGUCCGGAAUUGUGGGGUGUUCCUUCUGUACUAUCUGCAACCAACACAGGGUUGCAUGGGAUACUGUGCGGAAGUUGCUUCACCAUACACACCUAAAUCGUGUCCACCUGGUGAAACCAACGUUAAUGGCGUUUGUAAGGCAAUCGUCCCUUCACUACCUUCAAAACCCGUGGUGACUGCAGAGCUUGUCGGCAGUAGCGUCCACCUCCGCUGCUCCUUCACUGGGGUGACGUCCAUGUGGCUGGUGGGGUAUCAGGUGGUGUGGGCCAGAUACUCCUCCAACACCAUGAAGGUGGAGAUCAGACGAGACACAACGAUGAGACUGUACUCACUGGUGGAGAUGGACGGACUUCACUUCAGACUGGGAGAAACGUUUUCCUGCAGCGUGUCCACCUUCCUGUUAAACUCCUCCAGCUCGCAGUCGGCGUCUAAAGAAAGCACUGGGUUUUUUGCGGGAAUUAAGUUUGUUCCAGAUGUCCUGCACAUCCGCGAGGACGCUAAAAAACACGUUUUGGCCGUACACAGCACAGUCCCUAUUCCCUGCCAUGGGUUUGAACACAACCGCCGCUGCACACUGUCUCUUGCUCUCAGCGUACAUGAAUCAGACAAUGUAGUCAUGGAGGUUUCAAACGUGGCCUUAUCAUCCUGCUCGGUUGAGCUCCUGUCUCAGCCCUGUCGAAACAACGUCUGUGCUCAGGGUAACGUGACUCUCACCGCUGUUACUGAUUUCACACGGGACGGGAACCGGGUCAGCUUUAUUUCCACUCAGCCCGCCAAAGGCAGUCCUCGUCUCUGGAGAGGUUACAGCCCUCCUGCGCUCAAGAUUACAGUUCAAGAUGUUCCAACGGCGACCUGUUACUCCCUAACUGACCCUCACGUCAUUACAUUUGAUGGCAGGCGCUACGAGAACCAGCAAACGGGCACGUUUUUGCUCUAUAAGAGCACAAAGCGUGUGUUUGAGGUCCACACAAGGCAGUGGGAUUGUGGGAGCCGGCAUUACUCUGUGGCGUGUACCUGCGGAGUGGCGGCUCGAGAGGGCAAUGAGGUUGUGACCUUUGACAUGUGCAAUGGGCAGCUGCAGGAAACACGCCCACACUUGUCCGUCAAGGCCUUGGGACCAUCCGUGACCAAUCAGAUUAGGAUCCACGAGACGCAUCAAGGGAAGAAAGUCACGAUCGUUUUUGCCUCAGGGGCGUUUGUGCGAGCAGACAUCAGUGAUUGGGGAAUGAGUCUGUCCGUCAGGGCUCCAAGUCAGGACUUUAACGCCACCAGAGGCCUGUGCGGGUUAUUUGACCGGAACAGCCACAAUGACCUCCAUCAUCCUGCAGGCACAAGCUACCGUGACAAAGACCUAGAGGAAUUCAUUCAGGGCUGGAGGAUCACGCCUGGGGAGAGCCUGUUUGACAGCACGCCACCUGCCGUGGAUGAGAAGAUAAAGUGGAAUUUCUGUACUUGUCAAAAGGGAUAUAGCCUGUCCCUCCAUUCAGCACACGCCUCCGAAGGCCAAUUAAACCCGUCUCCCAUCUCUCGCUGCCUAUCUCACGACGACACAGAUUACACGUCCCUGUUCCCCUUCAAAGAUGCCACUGCCGAGCACACCGUUAAACCUGUCUCCACCCGUAACAUCCAGAAGCGGGAGACGUUGGCUGAAGUGUCAGAAUUAGGUGUUAAACCAAAGUCUCAGGUGUCCCAAGGUCUGGCAGAGAACUCUCCUUCUGUAGAGGAGUUAGAACUGGACUCAUUAUUUAAAGUUGACGCUCCACGCUUGAAUGAAUCUAAGGUGCCCUUACCAAGCUCAGGUGGAAGACCUAAGAGACAAACCCUUGACUUUCUGCCCGUUUACACUGUCCAGGCCCUAAGCCAGACCGACCUCGAAAGUUUUGCCUACUUCUUUCCAGAUGACCACCGCUCUUCCAGCCGUCCAGCUGCCCACCCUUCCUGGCCGACACCUAGUGGCCUCACUUCUGCCAAAGCUUUGGAGGUCUGCCAACUAGCCUUGGCGAACUCAACCGUGGGCAUAGUAUGCAAGAGUCUGCUGGGCCGGCGCCUGGAAGAAGCUGUGGAUCUCUGCAUCCUGGAUCUUCAGUUGAAAGAUGAUUUAGCCUGGGAGGACGCCCUUGUACCCUUCCUGGAGAACGAAUGUGAACGGAAGUGGUUGGAGAACCGGACCCAACGUUCUCAGGAAGCUUCCAGACCGUUGGAGGAUAUCGCAACAGCCCUGCGUUGUCCGAACUUCUGUAAUUUGAAUGGGCAAUGUGUAGAGUGGGGAUGUCAGUGUUAUCCAGGCUACAGCUUUUACGACUGCAGUCUUACUAUCAGUCAGCCAAUAGAAAUCACCGAUCUGGAGAACGGCGGUUUGUGUGACGUACGUGAGUUCGGCUGUGACAGCGUGAGGGUUUUCGGGCUGGGUUUCAUUGACUCACCUGACCUAGCGUGUCUUGUGAUCAGACUGAAGCACAUGAAUGGAAUUUGGAUCCCUGAAGAGCAAGGGAGAACCAAAGCGUCCUUCCUGAGCUCUAAAGCGGUGGACUGCUCCGUCCCGAGGCUCGGCAACAUGGCCAUCGACACAAUGGACUUCACGGCCAGCGAGCAGCCCUAUGCCAGAUGGGAGAUUAAGGAGAGGACGUGUAAUAUAGACGGGAUGUGUUUUGCUGAGGGAGACUCCAGCCCUUCCGUUCCGUGUCUCCUGUGUAACUCCACCGCCUCCAAAUACACCUGGUCCAUUAAUCAAGCUAAUCAUCCACCAAUCUUCCACGCGCCGCGGGACGGCCUGCAGACCUUUGUAGGUGAGAACUUUGUGUACCAAUUCACAGCCACGGAUCCCGAGGGCUCGGCCAUGCUCUUCCAGCUGGAGACGGGGCCUCCCGGGGCCUCAAUUUCCCCAGCCGGGCUCCUCAUCUGGAAAGUGGACGAGGAGGAAACACGCAGUUUUCAAUUUACUGUGUCUGAUGAGUGUGAUGCCCAGAGCAGAUUUACCGUGGAGGUGAUAGUGCGGCCGUGUGGCUGCAUGAACGGAGGGACAUGUGUGACUAACAUCAAGUAUCCAGCGGGCAGUGGCGAGUACCUGUGUGUGUGCCCGGCGGGUUUCCAUGGCGACCUGUGCCAGGAAGAGCAGAACGAAUGCGGCUCCAGUCCGUGUGGAGCAGGAGUGUGUGUGGAUCUGAUCAACGGGUUCCAGUGCCAGUGUCCGGCUGGACUCACAGGUGCCACGUGUCAGGACGAUGUGAAUGAGUGUAAGAGAUGGCCGUGUUUUCCUGGUGUCAGGUGUGUGAAUGGUUUUGGCUCCUUCAGGUGUGGCCCCUGCCCUCGGGGCCUGGAGGGAGACGGGAUAUUCUGCAAAGCACCAGCAAGAUUGGUCACAUCUCGUCCCAUCACCUCUCACACUGUCGCCUCAUCCGCGCCUCCCGCAGUGCGUCCCAUCAGCAAAAUGCCCGCCCCCCUUUCUAAAACGACCUCCACUCACCUCCCGCCGGAGUCCAACGAAGCUCCAAGCAAGACCUCAGUCACCAAAGCCGCCACCAGCACAAGUCAGAGAACUGGUUUUCCCAACGGACUAAACGUGACAUCCAAAUGUGCAAGUAGGCCGUGUUUUCUAGGUGUUCAGUGCAUUGACCUCCGGCCACCCUACACUGGCUACGUCUGUGGACGAUGUCCACCAGGGUACCACGGAAAUGGACGCACCUGCACAAAACAAUCAAAGCAUAGCACACUGCGUUACUCACCACAACUGAACCAAGCCAAGAACAACAUACCUCAUGUCUCCCACGGCUUUUCCCAUCUGCACCUCCCCAUCCUUCCAUUCAGGCAGCCUCAGAGACGCCUAUCCUCACGAGCGAGGGCCCCACACCAUCAGACCACCACUCACAUCCCCCUCCCGCCAACCUUUCCACCUGUCACAGGGAAAGCGGGACUGGUGCUUAAGGCAGGACACGCACCUGCCUCAACCAGCAGCAGAGAUCGACUCCUUUCUCACUCUCACAAUCAACUGAAAAUUCUUCCGAGCCCAGAGGAGAGAGAUGCUUCAUUUAAAGUCUCGGCAGGUGGAUUUGCAGGAGUCACGCCUGGAAAAGUCACUUUACCUCACACUUCAAGGCACGUUGAGGCACUGAGGAAGUCUCCACAACAAUCCAGUCUGGUCACAAUUACCCGACCUCAACCUUGGACACCUCCAGACACCCAGAAACCCCUAACAGCAGCCCUAACUUCCCUUUCCUUCUCCUUUUCGGAGUCUGAGUUCUCCGCUGAUGGAGGCCUUGGAGCCAGAAUCCAAGACCCCUAUGAGACCCAAACACUGCCUCAGGAGAGCUUCACCUUCCUUGGUGAACAAAGCCAAACCCAAUUUCUGGACAACCAACCAACUCUUCAGAACGGUAGACACCAAGGCAAGAGCAAAAAUGUGGUUCUAUUAGAGGAGAGAAGUUUCACCUGUGCAGAUGUACCUUGCUUCCCAGGAGUUCACUGUGAGCUUGCAGGGGAUGGGCAACCCAGAUGUGGACGGUGUCCUUUGGGGUACACUGGAGAUGGUCGAAUGUGCAGAGCCGUGUGCAGACAUGCCUGCGGUAGAAACAUGGAGUGUGCGGCCCCCAACACGUGUCGCUGCAAGAAGGGAUACAGUGGUCCAAAUUGUGAAACAGCUAUCUGCAGUCCAGCCUGCCUGAACGGAGGGAAAUGUGUGGCGCCAGAUGUAUGCGACUGCAUGUCAGGUUACCAUGGAGAGACCUGUGAAAGCGCUCUCUGCAGUUUGCCUUGCCUGCACGGAGGCACCUGCGUGGGUCGAGACACCUGCUCAUGUCCCUAUGGCUUCGUAGGGCCCAGAUGUGAAACCAUGGUAUGCAACCGUCACUGUCAAAACGGUGGGAAGUGUGCAUCACCGGAUGAGUGCGAAUGUCUGGCAGGGUGGACGGGACCAUCGUGUGAGACAGCUCUGUGUAACCCUGUGUGUCUCAACGGCGGAACCUGCGUUCGCUCGAACUCCUGCACCUGCCAGCCUGGUUUCUACGGGACUCAGUGUCAAAACGCCGUGUGCAGUCCACCCUGCAAGAACGGAGGUCACUGUAUACGAAACAAUAUCUGCUCAUGUGUGGAGGGAUAUUCUGGGCCGCGCUGUGAGAAAAGUGUGUGUGAGCCAGUGUGUAUGAACGGAGGACGAUGCGUUGGACCAGAUGUGUGCGACUGUGCAUCAGGCUGGAGGGGAAAGAGAUGUGAUAAACCUGUGUGUCUGCAGAAGUGUUUAAACGGAGGUGAAUGUGUGGGGCCGAAUACCUGCCACUGCCGUCCCGGCUGGAAGGGAACUCUCUGCCAAAUCCCAAUCUGUGAACAGAGGUGUUUGUACGGCAGCCGAUGUGUCCGACCCAAUGUGUGCGCUUGCAGAAGUGGCUACGUGGGAACUCUUUGCUCUAAGAAGCUUCCCGUCCAGACAGGAUGAGGAAAUUACAUCAUCAGGUGUCAUUGAUGCACUGAGGACACUGGGCCCAUAUUUUAACCUGACAGGGUUACACUGUAAAUAUCACAUCUGAAGAUAUUAAUUUAUGUAUAAGGUAUAAUAUGCUGUUUUUUUUCACGC